CAGCCGACGAGAAUGGCAGCUUGGAUAUGGCUUCGUUGUCUUUUUGGGCCCAGUCUACACAGAAUUCAUCGCACGCCGGAUUUGAACAGACCAGAAAGUAGGGCCAGCAGGAGGGGAUGGACCUACCAGCCCAGGAGUCUGGAGAAACACACUGACAGCAUCCUCAGCUGGGCGUCUGCUAUCUGGUCUCUGUCCUAUUACAGCUCCCCGCUGCUCCUUUGCUACCUCUACAGGAAAGGGUACCUGUGCACCUCGAAGUUAGUCCCAGUUAGUCAGUACUUGGGCACAGUGCUGGUAUGUCUGUUUGGAGUGGCCUGUCUGAGAGGUCUGGGUCGCUGGAGGAACCCUGAGUACUUGCAGUUCAUCACCAUCCUGGAUGAAACCAGAAGAAACCACAACCCCAGCAACAAGAGAAAGCUGGCGUGCUAUGACUUUGAUUUCUCUUACUGGCCUGUGGACUUCAGCUGGAAAGAAGUCAGCAACCCGAAGUUUUCCAAGGCCGGUGUGUCUUUGCUGAAGCCGGAGCCGAAACACAGGGGCUCGGCAGACGGCAUGCUCAACUCGGUGCGCACGCUGCCGUGCCACAUCGUCAGCUACUUGAUCGCUCACUCAUUUGGGAGGAGAAUGCUGUAUCCCGGCUCCGUGGGUCUGCUGCAGAAGGCCAUGAGGCCCAUGCUGCAACAGGGCCAGGCUAGACUUAUCGAGGAGUUCAAUGGCCAGAGGAACAAGCUGUUGGCGUGUGACGGGAACGAGAUCGACACCAUGUUUGUGGACCGGCGAGGGGAUGCAAGCGAGAGGGGGAAGACGCUGGUGAUCUGUUGUGAAGGGAAUGCAGGCUUCUAUGAGGUGGGCUGUAUGAACACUCCGCUAGAAGGGGGGUACUCGGUCCUGGGCUGGAAUCACCCUGGGUUCGGAGGAAGUACAGGAGUGCCGUUCCCGCAGAACGAGGCCAACGCCAUGGACGUCGUCGUGCAGUUUGCAGUUCACAAGCUCGGCUUCCAGCUUUCUGACAUCGUUGUCUACGCCUGGUCCAUCGGGGGUUUCACUGCCUCGUGGGCCGCCAUGACCUACCCAGAGAUCAGAGCCCUUGUUUUGGAUGCAUCCUUCGAUGACCUUCUGCCCUUGGCGCUGAAGGUCAUGCCUGACAGUUGGAGGCCUCUGGUGAAGCACACAGUGAGGCAGUACAUGAACCUGAACAAUGCCGAUCAGCUCUGCAAGUAUCAGGGUCCAGUAUUGUUGAUCAGAAGAACCAAAGAUGAGAUCAUCACAACCACAGGCCCAGAGGACAUCAUGUCCAACAGGGGCAAUGACUUGCUGCUGAAGCUGCUCCAGUUUAGGUACCCUAAGGUUAUGACAGAAGAGGGUGUCAGAGCAGUUAGACAGUGGCUGGGGGCAACAAGCUCAGUGGAAGAAGCCUCAGUGUACAGCAGUUACGAAGUAGAUGACGACUGGUGUGUGUCGGUGCUGCAGUCCUACCAGACAGACAGGGAGACCCUAUUCCCGUGGAGCGUAGGUGAAGAUAUGGCGCUCGAAGGAAGACGGCAGUUAGCACUCUUUCUGGCUCGGAAGUACAUGCGGAACUUUGAGACGACUCACUGCACUCCACUUCCGCAUUCCGAGUUCUACCCCCCAUGGAGACUGUAGGGGCCAGAGAUGGGAGUGGGUGGUAAAGAGAGGAAUCAUAUCCUGGGUAAUUCAAGUGGGCAAGGAACCAGUGCAGAAUGAAAAGGCAUGAUAACCAAUGUAUAUUUGGAGCACUUUUAAAAACUAUGUAUAUAAUAUAUAUAUAUAUAUGCCGAAAGGAGAAAAUGGUUUGUAUAAUAUGUGCCUCUUUCUGUUGGUUGUUUACAGGUGUUUAGUCUGCCACUGUUUCACCUUAUUUGGCUUUUCCCUUUUUUAAAAAAAAAAAAAACCUACCAAAGGUUUGACACUCAAACUAAACCUUUUCAAGAACAUUUCAAUGUAUACAUACACCCUGUGUAUGUUAACUCAUAUAUCCUUUCACACCUAACUACAGGAAGUAGACUAUAUUUCUUCAUCAGUGCUCCAGACAAACAAGGCCCUGGUUGAUGGUUUAAAUAUUAGUAAUGCAGUUAUGCUCCCUGGGACAGGAGUUGACUCUGCUCUGUAAAAGGUUCUGCAGGUGGAACACUGAUUGUACAGGUUUCUUAGCUGCCACCCACUAUCUCCUCUGUCAAGCCCUUAUUCCAUCUCUCCUAGUUUUUCACAUUUUCUCUAGUAUGUGAUUGUCAUUAUGAACAAACUUUAUUCUAAGCUGAAAUUAUAAAUGUUAUGUAAUGUAAAAUUAAAUAUGAUUGGAAAA